AUGGCGAUGUGGUCUGAGAGAAUCUUCCUGUUGCUUCUCUUUUCCAUUUGCGCCUCUUCUGAUUUUCUGGAAAAUCCAGACUUCGAAUCACCACCAUUAAACUCAAAUGCAAGCUCUAGCGAGUUUGUGUUGCUGGAUCAGAACACUACACUCCCUGGAUGGACAUUCCAAGGGACAGUGCAAUACGUUACUUCACUUGAUCUGCCUGAUACCGGACAUAGGAUUCAGCUCGGUGAAGAUGGCAAGAUCAAUCAAACAUUCAUAGCCAAAGGCGACGAUCUCAACUACAUCCUCACAUUUGCUCUCAUCCCCGGAGGCAAGAACUGUUCAAGCUCUGCUGGUCUCUCUGUCUCGGGGCCAGACAGCAACGCCGUUUUCUCUUACAGGCAAGACUACAGUAAGGUUCCAUGGCAGAGUUACAGCCAUAACUUGGGUCGUUGGGGAAAUGGUGAGCCUAUCAACCUCGUUCUUGAAAGCCAGACUAUAGAUUCUGAUACAAACUCCACAUGUUGGCCAAUCAUUGACACGUUGCUCAUCAAGACUGUUGGUGUCCUUGUCCAAGACAGUGGUAACCUCUUAACCGAUGGUGGAUUUGAAGCUGGACCGGGUUUCUUAACCAACUCAACCGAGGGAGUUCUGAUUGACGCUGUGCCAAGUCUAAUCCAGUCACCACUAAGGCAGUGGUCUGUGAUAGGAACAGUCAGAUACAUAGACUCGGAGCACUUUCAUGUCCCAGAAGGCAAAGCCGCAAUAGAAAUUCUGGCUCCAUCUGGCAUACAGACAGCGACAAGAGACACAAGUGAAGGUUCGAGAUACAACCUCACAUUUACUUUAGGAGAUGCCAACGAUGCUUGCAGAGGACAUUUCGUGGUGGGUGUUCAAGCUGGAUCCACAGCUCAAAACUUCACGCUGGAGAGCAAAGGGACUGGCUCUGGUGAGAAGUUUGGGUUAGUAUUUGAAGCAGACAAAGCUGCAGCACAGAUAAGUUUCACCAGCUACACGGUUACAAUGACAGAAGAUGAUGUUCUUUGUGGUCCUGUGAUUGAUGAAGUGAUGGUACAUCCACUUGGUGGAACAUCCUCAGUAAAACCCACAUGGCUGCUUCUUAUUUUCUCUUUGUUGUAUGUCGCACUUCUCUGA